AUGACCAAGAAUAUAUCACAGAUAACCCGGUGGAACGACACGGCAAUCGCCGGCCUCAACCCCAACAUCACCGCGCGACUGCCCGACGCCGACAUCCUCACCAGCUUCCGCAACGACAGCGCGGUGAGCAGCACGACGGUGUUCAAGCGCGCACUUAAUGUCUUCUCCAACGGCACCUUUGCACGGAACGGCUCCCUGGCUGGCCUCCCGCCUGCGGCCAACGGUUUCUCGUUCGGCUACGCCACCGACGCCGAGCGUAUCAACUACGUCAAGGUCAGUCUCCGCCAUCACUCGCACGACAACUCGUUGACGUACCUUAAUUCGUACGAGGCCACCAACGCCAGCUUAUCCUAUGCGAUGAUGGUCAACGCCGCGGGAUACACUGUAACUGCCACGCAAGCGGCCGUGCAGGCUGCCAUGACCGCCUAUCGUCCGUUCAUCGACAAUGGCGACCUCACCGUGGACAUCCUGAACGCCAACGGCUCGGCCUCGUGGCCGCUGAGCUACAUCAGCUUCGCUCUCAUCCCCCAGAACAUCACCACGCCUGACUGUUCCAACAUCCAAGAGCUCCUGCUCUUUCUCUCUUGGACGCAGCUGAACGCCAAGGCGUCGGCGGUGGCGAGCUCGCUGGGCGAUACGGCACUCAUCAACGCCUACCGCCGGCGGCUGAUCGACACCAUGGGCACGAUCUACUGCAACGGGCAGAAGGCCUUCAAGACAGCCGUGCUCCUGGGUAUGGGUCCGCCCUACACCAUCUACUACACGUGGGUGGCCAACUACCCGAGCACGGCCUUCAAGGUCCAGUACACGUCGGCCGUCUCCCAGACCGCUAUCACCGAGAUGGCCGCCGGCGAUAUCGACUACGCCGCCAUCAGUACCGAGCUGACCGCCGCACAGAAGCAGCUGAUGCCAGACGCCGAAGGCGUGCCGACCAUCGGCUACGGCAUCCUACCCGUCUACAAUAUCUCCGAGUUGAUCGGGUAUGACCCCGUGAUCAUGGACUGGCAAGCCAUCUCCGACAUCUUCCUCAACAAGAUCAGUAUGUGGAACGACCCCUAUCUCGUGGGGCUCAACCCGCAUCUAGCGGGUCUGCUGCCCAACAAGCCGAUCACGAUCAGACCGACCCGUCGCCGGUGA